AAGUCCGAGGCGCAGACUGAGGGAGGUUUAGUGAAAGUCCGAGGGCGUAGCCUGAGUGAGGUGUAGUAAAAGUCCGAGGGCGCAGCUUGAGGGUAUUGUGCUUUCAAAGGACUUGCCAAAGACAUCAUGCUAUUAACCUUUUUCAUUAAGCAGAAUUGAAAAUGAUUCAGCCGUGGGAAAGUUAAGGUGCAAGCUGAAGCAAUUUCUACAUGACGAAAAUAAAAUUUUAAAACAAUAUAGGCGUAAUGUUUUAUUGAUGAUGGAUAUUUAGUCUAAUCGUCCCUAAUGAAGAUAUUGAUGAUGGAUAUUUAGUCUAAUCGUCCCUAAUGAAGAUAUUGAUGAUGGAUAUUUAGUCCAAUCGUCCCUAAUGAAUAUGUUGAUGAGGGAAACACGUCACUAAACGUCCCUGUGAUAACAAAAGAUCCUGAAGCAACCAUGUUAUUACUCAAUUUAACGCUCUUCGUGACCAAAUUUGCCUUGUUGGUUGAAUUGUGUUAAAAUAAACUGAUUACUACUUACGUGAACUUUAAGUGUUUAUGAUAAAGUGUUUGGGAACACAUCAGGUUUUUACUCACAAAAAUGGGAUCAUUUUUAACAAGCGUGUGUAGCAAUUCAAAAAUUAUUUCUAUGACAAUUGAAUUUGUUUAAUAAACAAUUCAUAGAAUUAUCAUACUCUUCUGAUGGCAUGCUGUCGAAUAUUACAUUACACAUCAAAUAUCACAUUACGCGUCUGUUGUCUAAACAAGGCACUGCGUCGAUAAGAUAUUUUUUCAGAUCAAUGUCCUAUUGCCUCUUAAAGUGCUUGUGAAGCAAACUGGGUUAAUAGUUUAAAACACAAAAUACAUGGUGUAGUAAAGUGGACCAAAAACAAAUACAUAUGGAAAAGAACAAGACUGUCGUUAUUGUCAAUGGGAGUAGUGCAAGUUCGUUGUCAUCAAAUGGAUUUUCUACAUCAGAUGAUAAAAGGACAACAAAAGAGACUUUCGCGUUUGGUUGGGGAAAGUUUCGACCAAAACGGCUGAAUUUCUUGAACUCAUCCGUCUGGUUUAUUAUUAUCUUCGGCGUAUAUAGCACUUUUCAAGGUAUUGCUGCCUGGGCUAUGCCCAGCCUUGUGUUACCAAGCAUUGAGCGACGAUUUUCCUUCUCUAGUAAGGAAUUGGGAAUAAUUUCAGCUGCUAAUGAUGCGAGUGCUUUGAUAGUGAUGAUAUUUAUAAGUUUUUAUGGCGAUUAUUGUAACAAGAUAAGAUGGAUGGGUUAUGGUGCGGUGGUUUCUGGUUUUGGUAUCACGAUGUUUGCAUUGCCGCAUUUCAUGAUCGGACAAUAUCGACCUGUCAGUUCAUUCUCUGGUGGUUUAUGUAACACUGGAAACCAAACAGUCGCACAUUGUUUAACUGGAAAUUAUGGAGGAAACUGGUACUACCUAAUUGUGUUUAUCAUUGCUAUGUUGAUCAUGGGAGCUGGAAAUGCUCCAUUUUUUUCUUUAUUCAUUGUUUAUCUUGAUGAAAACAUUAAAUCAAAAUCUUUCCCAUGGUAUCUUGGCAUUUAUAACGCAAUACAAUUCAUUUCACCUGGAAUUGGAUAUCUCAUCGGGGGAAAGUUUCUCAGUAUAUAUGUACACAUAUAUCAGCCCGAUGGAUUUAAGAUGACACCACGUGAUCCGAGAUGGAUUGGAGCGUGGUGGUUAGGAUUUCUUGUUUUUGGUGUACUCACUAUGCUUUUAUCCAUACUUAUGUUUGGUUUUCCACGUGAGUUGCCCGGAGCCAAAAAAAGAAAAUUGGAAAACAAACGUGAAGGCUUUCUUAAUGCAACAAAAAAUAUGAACAUACCCAGCUUAAAGAGUCUUCCAUCUGACUUAAAGGAGCUUUUAAAAAACCGUACGUUUGUUUUUAACACUCUUGGCAUAACAUGUUUUGCAUUUUACACUGGUUCAAUAAUGGUUUUCAUGUCGAAGUUUCUGCGAGUAAAAUUUGGUUUGGAUCCUGCAAAAUCUGGAUAUUAUCUUUCAUUCGUGUCAAUAUCUUCAGCUCUGGUUGGUAACUUUGUUGGUUCUUAUAUUGUCAGAAAGUUUUCUCUCAAAACGUCGUGUAAAAACGCAGCUGCAACAUGCUUGAUUUUACACAUUUUUGCGAUUGGUGGAACACUGAUAUUCUUAAUUCCGUCAUGUCAAAAUAUUCCGUUUGUUGGCGUUUCUGUGGAACAUAACAGUCAAAGCAUAGGAGGUGAAUUGUUAAAGUAUAAAUGUAACGCGGAAUGCCGUUGCUCAUUAAAGUCAUUCUCUCCAAUUUGUGGAACAGAUAAUUUAACGUAUGUUGACGCUUGUCAUGCCGGUUGUAAAACAGUACUUCCAAACAAGAUGUACGCUAACUGCUCAUGUAUAGCUGGCAAAGGAGAAGCAAAACCCGGAUACUGUAAUCGUAAAUGUGAAAAUAUUCUUUUUUUUGUGUUUCUUUCGUUGAUGGCAAGCGCUAUACGUCUCGCUUCAUUGGUCCCGACAAGAACAGUCACACUGAGAUGUGUUCCAGACAACAAACGAGCAUUUGCCACCGGUGUAAAUUAUAUGGUAUUUAAAACAUUCGGACUGCUACCUUCCUCGGUCAUACUUGGACAUAUUGUGGACAAGUCGUGUAAUUUAUGGCAGAAUUUUGCAAUAAAAGGAAGAUGUUUUGAUUAUGACAUCCCGCAUCUCAGUCUCAAUAUUAGUAUUUUUGGAGUUGCUUUAUCUGUAUUGACAGCAUUCUUCUAUUGGUUAUCCUGGUAUUUUUGUAAAUCGUCGAAAACUGAAAACGUCUAUUGUGAGGGUAAUCAAUGUACGCCAAGUGAAGAGGAAAAGAAAACAAAAGAUCCUAGUUUCAAACACGAAAAAGCAGAUAUAAAAGAAGCAAUGUCCAAAACAACGAAAUUUUAAACUUGCAUUUUUAGUUUGCAUAAUUUACGAAGCUUUUCAACUUAUAUAUUUUCUUGCUGCACAUUUUAAACUUAGUUUGAAUGUUCGCACUCAUUGUUGUUCGUAUAGCGACAUUAGUAACGCACUUUAUUUUCUGUUUUCGAUCAUAUUUUUCCUGAAUUUCAAAGAAAUUGUCAGACAUAUAUUUAUAAGCCACCACAAGUCAACAACUUCUUACCCUCAAUCUUUCCCCAUAGUUUUAGCUACCAACAUGUUUUUUGUUGCACAUAUAAUGAUUUUUUUAUCAAAUCUUAUUUUCAAAAAGGUUUCUCAUUGGCUUGUUUAUUUCAUUUCGAAGGCUUUUAGAGACUUGACAUUUUAAAAUUUCUCGUUAUACUUUAACAGACUAAAGCCUCGGUCACACUGUUCGACGAUAAUGAUAACGAUAAACUAUAACGAUUAACUAUAAGGAAAUUCAAUGGUCACAUACUAACGAUAAAUCGUUAUCAUUAUCGCUGCAAUGUGAUCGCACACAAGAGUUUGAAUAACGAGCGAUUUUUUUGCAUCGUUAUCGGAUCGUUAUCGGAUCGUUAUCGGGUGCAGUGUGACCGAGGCUUAAUAAUAUCAUAUUUUGUAAUAUCUGAAAAACCCGAUCUGAUCUUCGACGUUUUCUGGCUCCCUAAUUUUGAAAAUUAGUUUUUGGUCAUUGCUUUAACAAUAUUCCAGGUGUUGCAUGGUGUGUUCUGAUUAGAAAUGCUUUCCAAUUUUAAACAUAUUGUUAUUGUCUCGCGUUUGUUAUAGUGUUAUUUGUGCGCGUUUAUUAAUUGUUCUCAUUUGCUUAAAUCAUAUUUUAUCUGUGUAGUCGUGGUUUCAUAUUGAAUAAAGGAAGAAAUACA